AUGAAUAAUUUUGUACCUGAACGUGGGUUUAACAAAGAAAAUUUCAAAGGAAGCUGCUUGAUAGUGCCUGCAGUUUCAAUUGGAAACGUCCCUCAGUUGGCAGUAGAUCUCUUAAUCACAACACUAAACCUCAAGCGCAUUGGGUUUAUCGAGGACGACAGUAUUGUCUCCGUUUCCGGCGCUCGGGAGGACGUAACUGAAGGCACCGGAUCUUCCGACCAGCAAUUGACGGUUAUACAACAGCGUGCGCCUGCUCACAAGGGGAAAUGGCAUCAAUAUGCACGCAAUUUGGUUACCUUUUUUAAAGAAUGUCAAUUUUCUAGAAUGAUAUUGCUGGCUAGUGCUGAUGCCGCGCAGCGAAGGGAUGUGCAGUUGACUGGCGAUUCCUUUCGAAUACUUACGACAGAUAACUUAUCACCCGAUGUUCAGUCUCGCAUAUCGUCACUUGAUAUUAAGACUCUUGAGACUCCCAAUGUUGAGGACUAUAUGAAGCCUCAAGCAUAUGAUGGGUAUCCUCGCAUUGUUGGCGGUGGAUUUUCCAACUAUUUGUUGAGUCUUUGUAAAAAGGAAGAAAUUGCUUUGAUAGUAUUGAUAUUAUUUGCUAUGGAAGGAGACAACGCGCAAGAUGCGACUCUCACGGCAAGCAAACUUGCUGCACUGCUAUCGGAUCAAGGGAAAGAGAGUGCAGUGAAUUGGAUACGACCACGCAGCUGGAAUGGGCUGUUUGGUAAACCAUUUGAACAGGAGCUGUAUUGA